UGCUGCACCCCGCUGGUGCGGACACCGUGAUACCACACGGAGGCAGGAGUUUGUCAAUACUCCAUGCCAACCAUCAACUGCUAGAUCUUUGAUUGGGUUUGUUCGAUCAACAGUCGAGACGGUGGCCAUGGCAAAAUUGAUAGAAACUGUCAAUGCCUUGUCCGGCCCUGAAUUCUUUAAACAGUACGCCGACAUUGGCACCCUGCUUGUGGACGAAUUCCCCGGGCUACGUGCAUCCACCAGCAUUGCCAAAGACCUCGCAAAGGAUACUUUGGAUGCCUGUCUGGCUCUAAUCGAGCUGACAAGUGCUCAGGAUUAUCAAAACUCCGAGAUCAAGUGGUCAACGUCGAAAAAGCGCAAGGAGAUGAAAUUGCCAGACAUGAAAUAUAUCGUCUUGUCCGACGCACAGUCCGGCAGCCUCGCCGGCUUUAUCUCCUUUAUGGUCACCUACGAGGAUGGGUAUGAGGUCCUUUAUCUUUACGAAAUCCACUUCACCCCAAGCUGGCAAGGUAAAGGUGUAGGGAAGAGGCUGAUGGAUGUGAUUGAAUCCAUUGGCAAAAGUGUUGGCCUCGAGAAGGUCAUGUUGACCGUCUUUAGAUCCAACACUCGCGCCGUCACCUGGUACCAGACCUUGAACUAUGUGGAAGACGAGUAUUCUCCGGCCCCGCGCAGGUUGCGGAACGGCACAGUAAAAGAACCGACAUAUAUCAUCAUGUCCAAAAGGCUCAAGGAUUGAGUUCAGUCUUUGCAUCUGCGCUUCUUAUAUUUGACGCACAGUCUUGCCCCUCAAUUCUGGCCUUUCCAUUUCAAGUUCGUCACGCAACACGGCAAACAAUGUGUCGCCCACGAGAAUCGUCAAGCCCAGACUCCAAACCAGUGUAAUGGCAUAGAAGAAAUUCGCGUUGCCAGAACCAGCAUAGAUCCAUAAGUAAUAAAAUGCAGGCCCAAGGAGGGUCGAGUACAGUAAGAUGGAAGCGGCAAUGAAGGUAUAUCGAGUCACUAUAGAUGGUCAGCUUGCAAGGUCGACAUGAACAAGAUCUGGAAUGUCCCACUUACAUGGAAGAAUAUGUUGAUACAGCGGCAGGAACCCC